UCCAGACCCAGAGAUGGAGCCUCAACGGGGGCCUGAGGCUGGUGCCCUCCACCCGGGUUGGCUGGCCCUGCUGCUGUGGUUCUCAGCCCUGAACUGUUCUUUCUCCUCACCGGCUUCUCUCUCUCCUUCUCUGGUGCCCCAAGUCAGAACCAGUUACAAUUUUGGAAGGACUUUCCUCGGACUUGAUAAAUGCAAUGCCUGCAUCGGGACAUCUAUUUGCAAGAAGUUCUUUAAAGAAGAAAUAAGGUUUGACAACUGGCCGACUUCCCAUCUCCAACUUCCUCCCAACUACUUGUCUUCUUACCCUGCAAAUUACUCAGAUGAUUCGAAAACCUGGCGCCCUGUGGAGAUCUCUAGGCUGGUUAGCAAAUACCAAAAUGAGCUCUCUGACAGGAGAAUUUGUGCCUCCGCGUCAGCACCAAAGACCUGCAGCAUCGAACGUGUCCUGCGGAAAACAGGGAGGUUCCAGAAAUGGCUACAGGCCAAGCGCCUCACACCAGACCUGGUGCAGGGCCUGCCCAGCCCCUUUCUGCGCUGCCCGUCACAGCGACUCCUGGACCGCGUGGUCCGGCGCUAUGCUGAGGUGGCUGAUGCCGGCAGCAUCUUCAUGGACCACUUCACGGACCGUGACAAGCUGCGCCUGCUCUACACACUGGCGCUCAACGCACACCCCAUCCUCCUACAGAUCUUCCCUGAGGCCGAGGGAUGGCCGCUGCCCAAGUACCUGGGUUCCUGUGGCAGAUUGCUUGUCAGCACUAGCACCAGACCGCUGCAGGAAUUCCACGAUGCUCCCCCAGACCAGGCCGCCGACCUUGCCUACCAGCUGCUUGAGGUCCUGGAGUCUCUGCGGAACAACGAUUUGAACUACUUCUUCUACUUCAACCACGUAGAUGCGGGCAUGUUUGGCGUCUUUAACAAUGGGCAUCUGUUCAUCCGAGAUGCCAGCACACUAGGAGUCAUUGACAAGCAAGAAGGCAGCCAAGUAACUUCCAAGGAAGAAGAGAAUCAAGACAUCUUUAGCUGCCUGGUCUCUGGCUGCCAAGCCAAGCUGCCCUCCUGUGACACCAUCGCUGAGAAGCAGAGCCUGGUGCUGGUGUGUCGGCAGUUGCUUCCCCAACUUCUCCACAGGAAGUUCCCCUUCCCGGUGCAGGAGGAGAUAGACACUGUACUCACUCAGUGUGGUGAGGACACCCACCCUGACCCUGAAGUCCUUGGGGCUGCCAGGCAGCUGAAAGACAUCUUGAGGCCCCUGAGAACCUGUGACCCCAGAUUUGCCUACCGCUACCCAGACUGCAAGUAUAAUAACAAGUUCUGAGGGGCCGGAGCCUAGCUGAUCUCAGGGGACACCAUUCUUGGCCCUCUCUUCCCCCAGUCAGGUUGCUGCAAGGUUGAAGGAAGCAGCUGGGUUUUAAAUGUGAGGAAAAAUGCACAUUCAUUUCCCAGGGAUUAAGGAACACUCUAACUGCCACAGGGGAGUGUCACGAUACCACAGGAACACCCUUGCAGGCCACGACGUCCUGGAAGAGGCCAGGAGCAGGCACUGGAAGACCUGGGAGUGGACACUCGCUCAACCUCUUUGAGCCUCAGUUUCCUCAUCUGUAAGAGAUGAAAACCUAUGUUCUCCACCAGACUUUCAUGAGAGUGAAAGAAGACAAAGAAGUGAGGGGCCUGUGACACUAACCCCCACCUCCACCCCCUGAGCCACCCAGGCCACAGCAUGGAGGGAAGGCAGUGUGAAGAUGAGGCUCCCGGCCAGGAUCACUUUAGACUCAGACAAGAGGGUCCACCUUCCUGCUCCCAUGCUUUAAGGGGUCCUACUCCAGCCCUCUUGUCACUCUCCCCAUCCCACCCCACCAUAGGGUGAGGAGACUGCAGGUCAAGGGCAUGUGCCCGCCAGGCCUGCCUUAGCCCAGAACAGCCCAUGGGAAGCGCAGCCUCUGCCCAACCCCAAAGAUGGAUUUCAAAGUGCAGUGGCUGGGGCCCUUAGUCAAUCCCACUCCCUGGAGCAGGAGGGCUGGGAGUGGGACAACACUGUCACUGUAGCCACAGCCAGGGGCCCGGGGCCAGCUCUCUCCACAGGGCCAUGCUCCAAAGCAAGACUGAGGAGUCCAAGAAUUCUAACUCAAAGCUGGCUUCCAAGUUGUUACAAAGGUAUAUUUUUCAAUGUCGGCAAAUAGCACGUAUUUUAUUUAACAAUUUGUUGGUUUGCUUUAUGCCCUUUAAACAUUUUGACAUAUGGUAUGUGGGCCUCCAUUUAUACUCUUGUCCCAGCCCCCUCAAAUAUUAGUGGAGGGCUCUUCUGGACCUUUGCCCAGCCUCUCUGCCAGCCCUCUACUCCCCAGGGACCUCUCAUUCCAUCUCCUCUUUUCUACCCUUGAAUCAUGGCCUUUCAGGUCAGAAUACCUGGUUUAACAGCCCUCACAUUGCAGGUAGGGAAACUGAGGCCCAGAGAGAAAAAGUGACUUGCCAAGAUAGUUCUAGAAAUUCUGCUAUGCAUCCAUGCUCCUCUUGCCUUCCCUGUCAGCCUCUGACUCUCACCUUGUGCUAACAAAUUCUGGUCCCAUCACUCCACCCACCAUAUUUAAAGAUGGCAAAGAAAAGCUUUAUUUGGGGGCACAGUAUUUUGGGGGUGCACUGUGGUGGCUUCUGCAUUUGCCUUUUGACUGCUCCAGGCACUGCCCCCAGAGCAACCAUGAAAGUGAUAAUGACAGAAGAAGCUUCUGGAAGAGCAGGGUUGGGCUACCUGAGAAUCUUUGUAAAGGUUCCCUUUUGAAUAUGGUGAGUGAGGAUUACCUACCCUUCUCACCUGCAUGGUCAUGGUUCCUCCACCCUGUUGGCUUGGCUACAGAGUGGGCUCCUACCUGCUGCCUGACCAGAGCCCAGAAAUGAGGCAGCAGCCUUCAGAACCCCCCAGAAGUUUCACAAAGGAAAAAGAACAGCCACUCUGCCCCCUGUUUGCACAGAGACCCUCUGAUGCACAAUCCAGGCCCAAGCCUGUCACUCUGAGUCUGGGUAUUUUUCCACUGCAAAGUGCUUCUACUCCAUGCGUGGCUUUGAGAGUGGGCCCCAGCUCUUGGCUGCUUCAGGGUCAGCCUCAGCUGCCAAGAACCACUCCCCUUGAGGCCAUGCCUUUCCAGAGAUGCGUCCUUAUCACAGGGAUGUAAAAACCCAGCCAUUGGGGUCCACAGAGGGAUGACUCUGACAGUCAACUCUCCUUCCAGAGCUUGCCAUCAAGUUGGUUAAGACUGUUAGGCCUGCAUCACUGUCUAACUUCUGCCUGCCAGUCCUGCUUCCUCUGCAUUCUUUUUACAGGUGUUGAUCCCUCAUAAACAUCUUGUACCCUGUAGUGGCCUGAAUGGUGCCCCCCACACACACACUCAAAAUAUGUCCAUGCCCUAAUCCUGGGAAUAUUACCUCAAAUGGCAAAAGAUAUAAUUAAGUUAUGGAUCUUGACAGGAGUAGCUGAGCCUAUAUUAUCCAGGUGGGCCCUAAAUACAAUCCCAUGUAUCCUUAUAGGAGAGAGGCAGAGGGGGUUUGAGAUAGAAACAACUCUAAGUGAAGAUGGAGGCAGAGAUUGGAGUGAUGGCAGCUACAAGCCGAUAAACGCCGGCAGCCAUAGGAAGUUGGAAGAGGCAAGGAGCAUUUCCUUCUCUAGAGCCUCCAAAGGGAGCACAGCCCUGCCAACACCUUGAUUUCAGCCCAGUAAUACUGAUUUCAGACUUCUGAACUCCAGAACUGUGAAAGAAUAAAUUUCUAUCAUUUUCCACCA